AUGGUUACAGCUGUCAGCGACGAUAUGUUUACCGAUGAGGUAAUCGCCGACCCCUACUCCUAUUACGGCACGCUGCGGGAGGAAGACCCUGUCCACUGGAAUGAAAAGUACCAGCUAUGGGUCAUCACCCGCCAUGACGACCUGGUCUGGCUAACCCGCCACAACGAGUUGUUCUCCUCGGCCGUCUUCAAGAACGACCCCCGCCCGCCCUAUCCCACGAUUUAUGACUCUGAUCUUGGCCUCUACGAAUUCGUGCGGGAAUACCAGUCCCGCCAGUUCAUCCAGCACGACCGUCCCGCUCACCUGGACAUGCGCAAGGUGGUGCACGGCUACUUCACCCCCCGCUCCAUGGAGGAGUGGCGCCCCAUGGUGAAGGAUGUCAUUAAGGACCUGCUGGACGAGGCGGAAGAGCGGGGCAGCAUGGACGUGAUGCGCGACUUCGCCACACCGUUGCCCUUGCUGAUCAUCGCCGAGAUGAUGGGUGUGCCCAAGCAGGACCGCCCCUACAUCCGCGAGGUGGCCGAAAAGCUCCUCUACGUAGGUCGGGGCGAACCCUGGCGCAUGCAGAACUUCUCCGAGGGCAUCCGCGAAAUGAUCGAGUAUGUUACGCCUCUGGUGGAGAAGCGCAUUGUCGACCCCGAGGACGACUUUAUUUCCGUUCUGGCCAAGGGUGAACGGGAAGGCGUAUUCAGCCGCGAGGAAGUCAUAUCCAACUCGUCUCUGCUGCUGCUGGCCGGCCACGAAACCACCAUUAACCUGCUCUGCAACGGCAUCCUCUCCUUCAUCCACAACCCCGACCAGUAUGAUCUGCUGCGCAGUGACAUUGAGGGGAUGUACGUCAAGGCUAACGAGGAAUGUCUGCGCCACGACUCUUCGGUCAAGUCCAUCACCCGCAUCGCCGCCGAGGAUGUGGAACUGCGCGACAAGGUAAUCAAGAAAGAGGACCGCAUCCGCUGGUUUAUCUCCUCGGCCAACCGAGACCCGCGCAAGUUCGAAGACCCCGAUACAUUUGACAUUACCCGCUGGCCCAACGCCCAUGUAGCCUUCGGCGCCGGUAUCCACCACUGCCUGGGCGCCACCCUGGUGCGGGUCGAGGGCCAGGAAGCGUUCAAGGCCUUCGCCGAGCGCUUCGAUUCCCUUCACCUGGACACGACCGAGGACCAGUUGGAUUACCAGCCCAGCAUCACCUUCCGGUCAUUGAAGGCGCUGCCCAUCACCUGGAACUAA